AUGGCACUGCGCACCGGGAGGACUUGGUUUGGACAGGUCUUGCGCAGGGUCUCUCGGCUGCAAGGCUCCUGGUCCAGGCGAUCAAGCAGUCUCUUGUGUCUCUCCGCGAACCAGGAGCAGGAUCUGGGGGUCUGUUACCGGGAUCACCGCAGGGGAGGGGACCUCCACCGCUGCUCCGGCUCCGCCGUCGACCUCGGCCACCAUCACCGACGCGCACCGGUCUGCGCCUCCGCCUCCAGACGCUGUCCAGACGGCUUUCCUGACGCUUGCUGCGCCUUCCCGGGGGAUCCGAGGGGACAUGAGCCCCUCGGUCGCAGAUUCCUGGUGGCCAUGAAGCGGCAAAACGUGCGGACCCUGUCCUUGAUCAUCUGCACGUUUACCUACCUGCUCGUCGGGGCUGCCGUUUUCGACGCCCUGGAGUCCGAAUUCGAGAUGCGGGAGAAAGAACAGCUGGAAGCCGAGGAGAAGCGUCUCCAGGGGAAAUAUAACAUCAGCGAGGAUGAUUACCGCAAACUGGAGACCAUCAUCAUGGAGGCAGAGCCCCACAGAGCCGGGGUGCAGUGGAAAUUUGCAGGGUCCUUUUACUUUGCCAUCACAGUUAUAACCACUAUAGGUUAUGGACAUGCAGCUCCAGGUACAGAUGCAGGAAAGGCCUUUUGCAUGUUUUAUGCCGUCCUGGGAAUCCCCUUGACUCUUGUCAUGUUCCAGAGUCUGGGCGAGAGGAUGAACACUUUUGUCAAGUACCUCCUGAAGCGCAUUAAGAAGUGCUGCGGUAUGAGCAUCACUGACGUGUCCAUGGAGAACAUGGUGACCGUGGGCUUCUUCUCCUGCAUCGGGACCCUUUGCAUCGGGGCCGCUGCCUUCUCCCAUUACGAGGACUGGAGUUUCUUCCAGUCCUACUAUUACUGCUUCAUCACAUUAACUACUAUAGGCUUUGGGGACUUCGUGGCCCUCCAAAAGAACCGGGCCCUCCAGAGGAAGCCUCUGUAUGUGGCCUUUAGUUUCAUGUACAUCCUGGUGGGCCUGACGGUGAUCGGGGCCUUCCUCAACCUGGUGGUGCUCCGCUUCCUGACUAUGAACAGCGAGGAUGAGCGGCGGGAUGCUGAGGAGCGAGCCUCGCUGGCCGGGAACCGCAACAGCAUGAUCAUCCACAUCCAGGACGAGUCGUUGCAGCGAGGCCGGCGGCGGCGUGAGCAGCAGCAGCAUUACCGGGCGGAAGUGACUGAUCUGCAGUCGGUCUGCUCCUGUAUGCACUACCACUCGCAUGAGUUCGGCAGCUCCGGGGGCGGGGGAGGGAUGGGAGGCCUGGGCUGUGCCUUCUCCCAUCAGAACUCGUUCAGCUCGCAGCUGAACCCCAAUCAGUACUUUCACUCAGUUUCCUACAGGAUCGAGGAGAUCUCGCCCAGCACCUUGAAGAACAGCUUCUUCCCUUCGCCCAUCAGCUCAGUGUCGCCGGGCCUUCACAGCUUCACAGACAAUCACCGGCUCAUGAAGAGAAGGAAAUCCAUCUAA